UGAAAUCAAGGCAACCAAUUUGCUCAUCAACUUCCUCUCAUAUUGUUUUCCUCUUUUCCAGUCUUGUUAUAUAUCUUACUUCCACCACCAUCAACUCGGCUUCCUAUGGUGGAAAUGAGAGCGAUCAUUUGGCAUUGUUGUCGUUCAAGUCAAUGAUCACUGAAGAUUCUCAUGGACCUCUAAUCUCAUGGAACUCUUCUUCCGAUUUCUGUGAUUGGAGUGGUGUUUCAUGUGGAAAGCGCCACAGAAGAGUGAUUGCCAUACGACUACAGUCACAAGGUCUACAAGGCUCAUUGUCUCCUCACGUAGGAAACAUGAGCUUCCUUCGUGUGUUAUCACUCGGGAACAACAGCUUUCAAGGAACCAUCCCUUGUGAGCUUGGUCGUCUAUCAAGACUACGUAUCCUCGCUCUCUCUUGGAACAAAUUCAAAGGAGUCAUUCCUACAAACUUGUCUGGUUGUUCUAACCUUAAAAAGCUUUGGCUAAAUAAGAAUAAUCUAGUAGGAAGCAUACCCAUGGAGAUAAGUUUUCUCUCUACACUUACUGAACUUGUAUUUCAUGAGAAUCAGCUAACAGGUGGAAUCCCACCUUUCUUGGCAAAUUUAUCAUCAAUUGAAAUAUUGUCUCUCACAAGAAAUCCAUUGGGUGGUAGCAUUCCACACACCUUAGGACGUUGGAAAAGGAUAAAAGAAUUUUACCUUGGUGUUUGUAAUUUAAAUGGAACCAUCCCUGCUUCCAUCUAUAACUUCUCGCUCCUAACUAAGUUUGGAUUAGAUUUUAAUCAGCUUGUGGGUAGUCUUUCUCCAACAUUUGGCUCAAUGGUCCCAAAUCUUAUACAACUUCAAAUGGGGACCAACCAACUUUCUGGUCUUCUCCCCUCAUCAAUAUCUAACUGUUCCAAAUUACACACCCUUUCAAUGAGUGAAAACUAUUUUAGUGGGAAGGUGACAAUAGACUUUGCAAACCUAAAAGAUAUUGUUUAUAUAAAUUUGUCUAAAAACAACUUUAGUGGACCCAGAAAAUACAAUGCCCUGGAGUUCAUUGGUUCUUUAACAAACUGUAGUAGCUUAAAAACAUUAAGUCUUUCCCAAUGUAAGUUGCAAGGAGUGGUCCCAACAUCAAUUGGUAAUCUUUCUCACCAACUUAGUUCUCUAUUUUUAGCAGGAAAUCAGUUAUAUGGAAUCCUUCCUUCAAGUAUAGGUAAUCUAGGUAGUCUAACCUACUUAGCCUUAGGAGCAAACAGAUUCACAAGUAAAAUUCCUCCAACCAUUGGUAUGCUUAAAAAGCUACAAUUUGCUAGUUUAUAUGGAAACCAAUUUUCAGGGCAGAUUCCAAAUGCCAUAGGGAACUUAUCAUUGUUGAACGUACUUUAUUUAGAUUCUAACAACUUGGGAGGAUAUAUUCCAUCAAGCUUAGGGAAUUGUCGUAAUCUUCUAGAGUUGUACCUUUCCGACAACAAACUUAGUGGAAACAUACCUGAACAACUUCUUCAACUUUCCUCUCUAUCAGUAAAGUUAGAUCUUUCUCAUAACAACCUAUCCGGUUCACUUUCAGCUGAGGUUGGGAACCUCAAGACAUUGUCUAUCCUCGAUUUAUCUAAUAAUGAUUUAUCUGGUAACAUUCCUAGUAGUCUUGGUGACUGUGAUAGCCUUUUACAGUUGUCUCUUCGUAGUAACUUAUUUCAAGGCAUGAUACCAGCAUCAUUAAGUUCUUUGAAAGGAUUGGAGGAACUUGAUGUUUCCAAAAAUAACUUAUCAGGACCGAUUCCCCCAUUCUUGGAGCGGUUGGCCUUACAACUAUUAAACAUAUCCAAUAACAAUUUUGAGGGUAAAGUACCAGUGCAGGGAGUGUUCUCAAAUGCAAGUGCAUUCUCUAUUUUGGGUAACAACAAGCUUUGUGGUGGCUUAGUUGAAUUAGCGUUACCCAAAUGCAAGGAGACACAUAAACAUAAGAAAAGGUUUUCGUUGUUUGUAGUUUUCAUAUUGAUUAUCUCGACACUACUUUUCGGAUCAUGUUUUGUAUAUGUUUGGUUCAAGAAGAAAAGCAAGGCCCAACAACACCAGUCAUUAACGACCGAACAAUUCUGCAGAGUUUCAUACCAUCAACUUUUCAAGGGAACUGAUGGCUUUUCUGAAACAAAUUUGAUUGGCAAGGGUGAGUUCAGCUCUGUUUAUAAAGGAACCCUUGAUCAAUAUGACAAUCUUGUUGCAAUCAAAGUUCUGCAUCUUCAAAUUCGAGGAGCGCAUAGAAGUUUUGUAGCGGAGUGUGAAGCAUGGCGGAGUAUUCGACACCGAAAUCUAUUGAAGAUCCUAACUUCAUGUUCAGGUAUUGAUAUUCAAGGAAAUGAUUUCAAGGCUUUAGUGUAUGAGUUCAUGCCCAAUGGGAGCUUACACGAGUGCUUGCAUUCGAAUGCAAAUACAUCUCGACUUGGCCUAAUUCAAAGAAUAAGUAUUCUCAUCGAUGUUGCAUCCGCACUUGAUUAUCUUCAUAACCAGUGUUCAACAACCAUUGUUCAUGGAGACAUAAAGCCUAGAAAUAUUCUACUGGACAAUGAUAUGGUAGCUCAUGUUGGGGACUUCGGCUUGGUUAAAUUUCUUAAAGCAAGUUCAAACCAAAAUAGCUCAACGGGGGUUAGAGGAACAAUUGGGUAUGCACCUCCAGAGUACGGUUUAGGGAGUGAGAUGACAAGUAGCGGGGAUGUAUACAGUUUUGGAAUAUUAUUGUUGGAAGUUAUGAUCGGGAAAAAGCCAAUAGAUGACAUCUUUAAUGAAAGUCAUAGCCUUCAUAAAUUUGCGCAUGUGGCCUUACAAGGCCACAUAAGCGAUAUUAUUGAUGAUGAUGCAAUUGUUGUGCAAAGUACUCAAGCAAAGGCACAAAAGAUUGAAGAAUGUUUGGCUUCAAUUGUUAAAGUCGGAGUAACAUGCUCCAUGGAGUCUCCAUCACAACGGAUGAAUAUCAACAGUGUUGUCCAUGAAUUGCUUCAUAUUCGGGAUGUUCUUCAAAAUAUUUAAGUACCAUGUUUUAUCAUUUUACUUAUCAUGUUAGAAAAGCAAGAGAACUAUUGAUAGUGUUUGAUUUG